AUGGACUCAAAAAGUUAUCAGAGUCCUGAACUACUCUUGGACGACCUUCCAGCAGAUACUCUUGGCAAGGGGCUGCCAGCGUUGACCGUCAAGUCGGGCAUUGAUCGUUUGCUUGAGCAUGAUAUCAAACCCGAACGGAAUCUUGGAAGUUUUGUAUCUACUGGUCUAAACGAUAUCGGGGAGAGUCUUCUUUUGGAGAAUUAUCAGAGAAACCUCGCUUGCCAAAACGAGUAUGCUGGUGUUCGAAAGUAA